AUGGCACAAGCGGAAGAACCUCCUUGGAAAGAGGAGAAGGCGAAAAAGACAAGGGACAGAGAUGCCUGGAUCCUCUUCAUUCUCAUCUUGCUGAACUUCUUCUCUUGCCAAUUUGGCCACGGCUCCAACAUCGGAGUGGCCGUCUCGCUCCCCGGGCCUGGGGAACUCGAAGGCCAUGAACUUGGCACUCGGAUCGUGGGUGAUGGUUGGCGUUUGCCUGGGCCUUCCCCUCACACCGUGGGCCUGCAGGCGAUGCUGCUCAUGACAGUGCCCGGCAUCACGCUGCAUCAGAUCUACGCGGUCCGAUUCCUCGUGGGAUUUUUUGAAGCACCUUUUCUUCCCUACUUGCAGGGGUGGCUGGCUCGUCACGGGAGCCACAAUUGGAAUGUUUGGAAUGCCAUCCUGCACGCCAUGGUGCCUCUUGGUGAAAACGUUGGCUUCAUCGUGGCCCAGGAGUUUGUAAGCGCUGGGUUUCACUGGCGCUGGGCUUUCAUAGGGCAAGCCAUUGUCUUCGGUGGCACCGCCCUGCUGUGUCUGGCCUAUGGUGGACGCCGUCAUCUUGGGGGGAUGACUUCGUCGGCCUUGAUGUUGGGCGAUGCCACUGAAUGCACAGGUGAAGUGGAGUACCCGAGCACAGAGCGAUGGGGUGUGUACUGGGCGACCAACGUGUCCCUGGCAGCACAACUCGGCUUCCUCGGCGGGUGCAAGUACGUCAUCCGAGACUACGCUACGUCACGUGGCUUCGGCCUCCACCUAAUACUGUGCACCUUUUCCGGCAUUGCGCUGAUUGGCCCUGCCCUAGGUGGCAGUAUUGCCAUGUCCGGAAGUGUGGUGCAGCCGGACAAGUGGAGUCAGCACAGGAGGACACUGAUCUUCCUGGCGUCCGUCUCCAGCAUGGCGGCUGUUCUUGCGGCGGUGCUACCGUAUGUUUCUAGCUCUUUUUUCUGGCCUGCCAUGUUUCUGACCUUCUGCAUUGCUGGCGGCGUGUACCCGGCCGCGCAUUCUGCCUAA